GGGCAUGCCGAAAGGCUAAAAGGCCCCGUAGAAGAGCUGCACCGGCGCCCGCCCGCCCCAGCCUUGGCUUGCAUUCCGUUGCCAUGUGGUGGCUGGUCCUGGUGGCUCUGUCUUACCUGGACAGGGAGCUGGCGCUCGGCUCCGGGGUGGCCCCGCCGUCCCGAGGGAGGCUGUCCGAGGAGUGCGGCGGCGGCGGUCCCCGGGGCUCCCGGCCUUUCACGCCGCGCAUGGACGACGAGCCCAAGAGGAGGGGCUCCGAGGUGACCAGGAGAGCCAAAAGAGGCUUCACGUAUCCCGGGACCCUUUGGUGCGGCGCCGGAAACAUGGCAGACCGUUACGACCAACUAGGGGAAUUUGAGGAGACGGACAGCUGCUGUCGCACGCACGACCACUGCCCCCACGUCAUCCACGCCUUCUCCUCCAAAUACGGAUACACCAACUUCAAGUGGCACUCCAUCUGUCACUGCGACUGCGACCAGGCGUUGAAGGCUUGCCUGCACCGAGUCAACGACACGUCCUCCCGGGUGAUGGGGCAGGCCUUCUUCAACGUCAUCGCCGCGCCGUGCUUCCAGCUGCUCUACGAGGAGCGCUGCGCCGAGCGCCACUGGUACGGACCGUGCAAACGCUACGAGAAGCUGCCCGUCGCCGUGGUCGAGGAGGCCGUCCCGUACGAAUACGGCGCCGCCGACAUCGGUUCUCCUGAGAGGAAGACUGACCACGAGAAGGAGGAGAGCGCCACGCCGGCCGCCCCGCCGGGCCCUGAGGCGCCGUCCCUCCACGCCGUGGAGAACUUUACCCAGGCGCUCGCCACCAUUGUUUCCUCCACAUCUGCCGCGCAAACUUCACACAAUAAGAGGAAGAAAAAGAAAGACAGAGGCCAGAAGACCAAAAAGGCAAUGGGGGGGCAGAGAAGCAAGCACAAAAAAGGAGCCACAGCGACACUUCCUUUGACUAAGUCCGUCAAUGACGUCAUAACGGGUGAAGCGGCGCCGGAGACCGCCCGGCUGCGGCCGACGGGGCGACCGAGCGCUCAGCCGCCCAAAAAACGGGGAGCGAGAACGGGCAGGGGAGGGCUCAGAGUAGCCCUGGCUUCCCCUGAGCAGGCGCCGCGACCCGCGGGCUACAACCUCAGCGCUGGCCUCACGUCGCACCCCAAAGGUCGCCCGAGUGAGGAGAUCCCGCAACCUCCGGUCCACCUGAAGUCUCCUGCCGGGUCUCCGUCCAAAAAAAGGCUAACGAGGAAGGAGGAAGCGGUCGUGACUUGGCCAAAGGAGCCGGUCCAACCUACGGUGGCGUGGCAAAACCCACCGGGGGCUCCCGAGCGCUGGCAAGACAGAAGAGACAAUGAGGACGGCGCAAAAAGGAGCAAAGGACGGCCGGAUUCAGGGGCUCAAAGCACCGGAGCCCAACCGGCGCAAAGUUUGGACGGCCCAUCCGGCCAGCGCAACCAAAGCACAAAAGCGGCUUCUCAAAGCGCAACGAGCCUCACCAGCGCCGAGCCGUCCCGUAGCUUUGCUCCGACGACCCGGCUCGGGAGGAAGGCUGCGCCCGGCGGCCCGGCGUUGCCCGCCGAGGAGAGCGUGGCAAAGCGGAGGGCCGGGGGGGCGUCCGGCGACCUUCGUAGCAGCGCCGUGCUGCGCUCCGUGGAGCGAGCCCGACGGCAGUUUGCCCGCAAGAAGAAAAGAAAAGCCGCUCGGACCGUCAGACCUCCGUCGUUGGCGAGACGUUGAAUGUGACGUCGUCGUCUUAGGAAGCUUCAGCGUUUCCAAAUCAAUCAAUCACUCAAGCAAUCAAUCCAUCAAUAAUCGCACAAAUGGAUCCCAUUUGACUGUCAUGUGACGAUCACAGCUUGAAUAAAACGUGAGUGAGUCU